UCCAAGAAGAAGAAGAAGCUGCGCGUAAAGAGCGCGUCGGUUCAUCCUCCUCUUCCUCAGCGAGCCGGAGAGGAAGAGGAGCUCUGCAGGCGGAUCACUCUCCUCCGGCUGCCCGGCGCAGAGCCCCUUCAGCGGAUACUUUCUGCACAUUCAUGCAAGAAAAAUAAACUUUAGAAGUUGUUUUCACGAGGAAGGACGCAGCAGAAGUGGAGAUCUUUUUAUUCCAAUCUCAUGGCUUCACGUUGACCGCCGCCCGCCACGGUUUUCCCGCCUCGCCGCCGACGUCGCCAUGGCAGCCGCCCACGACGCCCCCUGCCUGUCGGAGCUCGGCGGCCUCCCCAACAACCGGAACCUCAGCCUCGUCUCCGGCGCCCGGCCCUGCAACCGCAGCACCACCAGGUCCUCGCCGUACACGCCGCAGGCCACCGCGGCCUUCGCCAUCGCCAUCACCUUCAUGAUGGUGUUCACCAUCGUCGGCAACGUCUUCGUCAUCAUCGCCGUGUUGACGUCACGCUCCCUCAAAGGCGCUCAGAACCUCUUCCUGGUGUCGCUGGCCGCGGCGGAUAUUUUGGUCGCCACGCUGGUCAUCCCGUUCUCGCUCGCCAACGAGCUGCAGGGCUACUGGGCGUUCAGCUCCAUGUGGUGUGAGAUCUACUUGGCGUUGGACGUCCUCUUCUGCACCUCCUCCAUCGUGCACCUGUGCGCCAUCGCGUUGGACCGCUACCUGUCCAUCUCGCGGCCCGUCUCCUACGGCCCCAAACGCACGCCGACGCGCAUCAAGACGGCCAUCGUGGUGGUCUGGCUGAUCUCCGCUGUCAUCUCCUUCCCGCCUCUUCUCACGCUGGACAAGAGCGAGGGCGGCGAGGAGGUGUGCGAGCUGAACAACGAGCGCUGGUACAUCCUCUACUCCACCAUCGGCUCCUUCUUCGCCCCCUGCGUCAUCAUGAUUCUGGUGUACGUGAGGAUCUAUCAGAUCGCCAAGCAGCAUACCCGAUGUCCGCCGGGGGGGAAGCAGAAGGUGGCGGCGGGAGGAGGAGACGUCGGCGUGGGAACCAACGAGCGUCCGGUGAAAAUAUCGGAGAAGUCUCAACAGAACGAGGAUGAAGGAGGAGAAGACAAGAUGUCCACGCCAUCGCUUCAAAACUCCUCUGGGAAAACCACGAGCCAAGACGCUCAACACCACAAAGAACCAGAACCACAUCCUGAAGAAGAACCCGAGGCUCCACCCGACAACUCCUCCAGCUGCGGUUCUGAAAUGUGCGACGAAGGCAAAGAAAAGAGGAACCCAACAGACGAGCAGACAGACGAGCAGACAUCCGGAGCGUCCGGACGGAACGGGUUCAGAGUCCAGAUGCUGAACUUGGCCUGUCGUUACAAAACCACCAUGGUUACCUCCUCCGGCACCAAACUGGUCCCGGAGGAGACGCCGAAGAUCCACGAAACACCCGUGUCCCGCCGUAAAGCCAUGGCGAACCGCGAGAAGAGGUUCACCUUCGUGUUGGCGGUGGUGAUGGGCGGGUUCGUGAUCUGCUGGUUCCCGUUCUUCUUGUCUUACUCCCUGCAGGCGGUCUGCCCCGAGACCUGCAGCAUCCCAAACCCGCUGUUCAAGUUCUUCUUCUGGAUCGGAUACUGCAACUCCUGCCUCAACCCGGUCAUCUACACCGUCUUCAACCACGACUUCAGGAAGGCCUUCAAGAGGAUUCUGUGCCGGGACACCAAGGGAACCUUCUUCUAGAAAAUGGACAAGUGGACGAAUCAAUUAUGGUUAAUGUUAUUUAAGAAGACGCUGUAAUCGAAUAUUCAACGACUCUGAAUUUGAUUACAUGUUGAAACGGAAGUCAAGAAACAGGGUCUGUGUUCAGUAAUCUAACGUGUGUGUGUGUGUGUGUGUGUGUGUGUGUGUGUGUGUGUGUGUGUGUGUGUGUGUGUGUGUGUGUGUGUGUGUGUGUGUGUGUGUGUGUGUGUGUGUGUGUGUGUGUGUGUGUGUGUGUGAGGAGGAGGCUGCCUAAGGGUUUUCCUGGAACAGAACAAAUAUCACUAAGUGUCCUUUAUCUUAGAUUUAAAAAAAGGCCACUGAAGGAACACCAGAUCAGAGAGCAGUGUGAGCGUCCUCUUCUCGGGUUCUUCCUCCAUGUUUAGCUGUAACUUCGGGUCGGGUGGAGGUCGGGUGGAUGCUACACCUCCCUCUGGGAUUAUCUCACCAAGGCCACAGCCAGCGGGAAACACUAGAGCAGGAGAACCUUCAGAGGAUGAGUGGAAGAUGGAGACGCUGCUCCUCCUCCACCACUUCUUUAAUCUU